AUGGAGGACAUUCAGAUUUGCUAUCUUGAAAAUCCAAAUGAUCCAAUUCUUUCAAAAGAAGAUUUAGAAGAAAAAUGUGAAGAAGUCGAUAUGGAUAAGAACAUCAGCUAUGCACAAAUUGUGGAGUUUAUAAACUAUGUCUAUCGUCCAAAGUCGGAACGCAUUACAGACUCUCCUUUCAAGCUAACAAACGUUUCUGAUAAAACUGUUUUGGGCGUACUUUGGAACUACACAGAGCGUUUUAACGAGACUACGGCUUUGGGGUUCAACCAAUGGUUGAAAAAACAAAACAUUGACUUCUUAAUUGAGGAGCCUGAGCGAAAAGUAUUAAAGCUUCCAGGAUCUGAAACAGAAAAAUUAAGAAUCAGGGUUUUGAGCGUGUUAGACAGUCAAUUUCAUGAUGAGGUUGCAAACAGCAUUGUCAGUACAAUCCCCAGACACCAUGCAUACAUUAAACAACUCAAAGGUGAUGGUUACGAAGUCAUUGGAUAUCGCAGGAAGUCGAGAAAAGAAAGUGACAAUCGGGCUUUACUACUACAAUAA